AUGCCACAACACCAACAACAAAGAUCGGAUGGACUAGAUGGAGAAAUGGAAGAUGCUUCCCUACAAGAUGCAGCAAUGGCAAUUCCAGACAUGGAUGCAUUAUCGGUUUCAACAAAUGCAAGUAUAGAUGAAGAUCUAAUAGCCGCAACAUCAACAGCAGAUGCAGAACGAGCUGCUUUGGACGAUACAACGCACGAUAUGGAUUGGAAUCAUUUACUCGGUUUAUCAGGACAAGGAUUAAAUGCUGCAAAUGCGGCCACUUCGAUGGGCUUCGCAGCCGCACGUCAAACGACCGCAUUCAGUCUUUCGGUCGCAAAACGAUUCACACAAGGAUUAUUGGCUUUGCCUGCGAUGGCAUUGGACGGUACAAUAAUGGGCAACGCACCCAAUACGCAUAACUAUAGAGCUGAUGGCGGUCCAAAUUCAUCUUCAAUUGCUGGAAUAACACAUGCUGCAGUUGGUGGAAUAUUUGACGUGAUCAGUACGUUGGCCGUUGGUGGAAUUGAUAUCGGAACGGCAAUCACUGGUGCUGGCUUGGGUGCCGCUGCAAGUGGUGUAGAAGGCGUUCGAAGAGCACUUGGAAGUGAAGUUUUACGUAGUUUAGGCGCUUUUUCUAGACUCGUUCGAAGAGAAUGGCAUUCUGCUUCUGAUACACUUCCGCCAGGAGGUAUUCCUGCUUAUUCCAUCUUGGGCAUCACACAGGCCAUGACGGCUUGGGUCAGUAUUCAAAUGGUGACACGAGAGUACUAUGAGAAAAAGAUGUUGAGGAAUUUAGAGGUUGUGAAUCUGGAACAAAUUCAUGCUUCCAUCAAAGCGGCGAAAGAAAAGAAAGAACAAGAGGAAGCCGAACUUCUCAAUCGUGCACGAAUCGAGCCUGCUCCUCAAGAGACAGAACUUGCAAAGAAAAAGCAAGUGCGCAUCCUUGAUGAUGAAGAAUUACCAGGUGACGAAGGAGACGUUAUUGAUGCAGAGAUUGGCACGACAGAUGCUCCAUCGGUUACUUCUCAGCCCCUGUCUCCUCCUACCGGAUUGAACAAUGAAGAGGCAGUAUUUGGAUUGAAGCGUUAUUCGAGAUUGGUUUUGGGUGUAUACGGUGGUGUUGCUCUUGCUUGGCUUGGAAGUUUGCCUCCCGAUUUGAUGCAAGCUGCCGGAACAGUAGUAGACGGCGAAGGGGCAACGAUCAGACAACCAAACAGCACUUUACCCAAUCCCAACACUUCUUCCAACGAAUCAAGCGCAGAUGAGCCUCUCAUCAGCGAUGAUGCAGCUGAAUUCUUGCGUGCUGCCGCUUCGUUAGAUUUGGAAGAUGAGGAAUUGAUCGAUGAUGAGGCAGGAAGCGUUCUACAAGCCGAGACUACAUCAACACCAGCAAGUGCAUCUCUUACACCACCAUCACAACAGCAGCCCGGUCGUUCAUACAGUUACUAUGACAUUUUGAUGGGCACUGCGGAUGGAGAUAUUUUCCAUAGAUUGGGAGGAUUGGAACAAGGAUUGGCCAAAGAGGGUGAUUAUCAAGAAACAUCUUCUCAAGCAGGAAGUGCUGCUCAGCGGUUACGUCGAUUGAACAACCGAGUGGCCCGGCCAUCCAAGCCAAGGUAUUAUGUAGUCACAGAUCAUACACAACGAAAAAUCGUCCUUGUGCUUCGUGGAAGUUUGACACUUGGCGAUAUCGCAAUCGAUCUUACGUGUGAAUCAGCAAAUUUUGACGAACAGUGGUCGGAUGAUGCUAAAGACAGGAGCGGACAAGGUGAAGAGACUGCAAGUUUCAUCGUUCAUGAAGGAAUGUAUGAAACGGCAAAAGAGAUUGGUGAAAUUGGAAGACCUGUUCAUCGUGCAGUCCGAAGGGCUAUGUUGGCUCAUCCAGGCUAUGCGCUUGAUAUCACAGGUCACUCUUUAGGUGCAGGUGUUGCGGCCCUUUUGGCAAUCAUGUGGGCUUCGCCUGAUACUGGUUUGACAACCAAGAGCAGUGGCUUACCAACAGGCAGAAAGACACAUGCAUACUGUUUUGCCGUACCUUGCGUGAUGGGCGUCAAAUUGGGAAAGCGUGCAGAACCUUUGGUGACAAGUUAUUGUUAUAGCUAUGAUUUGGUUUGUCGUUUGAGUUUAGGUGCAAUCUUGGACAUUCGAAAUGCAUGUGCUUGGUUAGCAUAUGAAAAUUCUCAACCUUCAACGAAUUCACCCGCAAGCAAUUCAAACGAAUCUACUUCUGGUCUCGCACAUCCGAUUCGAUUGACAAACAUUAUGCAACGAGCCUUUGUUCAUCAAUCCGGCCGUCUAAGCGGGCAAAAUAAAGCAGAUUUAGAAGCUGACUUUUUGGCGUUGAGGAAAACGUUGGAAGCCAACAUGAAACACGUCGAAUUGUAUCCACCAGGAGUAGUUUUGUAUAGUCUACCACCAGAUGAUAUCGCUGAUGGAAUUGAACCUGAACAAGCAAAAGUCCAAGUACGAGAUCGAUUGCAAAGUGGACGUUUGGUCGGAGAAGUAUUUGAUCAAAUCAUUCACAGCCGUGGCAUGUUAUCGAAGCACAUGCCGGAUAUUUAUCAUUUGGCAAUCGAUGCUUUGUAGUGGAACUAUACCCAUCUUUACCUUAUGUACGCAGAUUAUAAUGGAAUGAAAUUCUUUAUGCCAGUC